GGGGCCUGAGGAGGGCAGAUACACUAUUUCUGUUCUGCUCGCAACAGGGUCUUCGCUGGCGGUCGACUGGCACCUGCGUCGGUACUCUUAAUUAAGGCAACGUGAUAAAAAUAUUGCAUCGGUGGGCGAGGUGGUGCAGGUGCUCAAGGGCGUUCGUUUCAGGGAUGCCGAAGCGCGGGAAAAAGGGAGCGGUGGCAGAAGAUGGGGAAGACCCCAAGACGGAGCCAGAGACCAAGAAGAGUAAGACGGGAGCAAAGAAAAACGAAAAAGAGGCAGCAGGAGAGGGCCCAGUCCUAUAUGAGGACCCCCCUGAUCAGAAAACUUCACCCAGCGGCAAAUCUGCCACACUCAAGAUCUGCUCUUGGAACGUGGAUGGGCUUCGGGCCUGGAUUAAGAAGAAAGGAUUAGAUUGGGUAAAGGAAGAAGCCCCAGAUAUCCUGUGCCUCCAAGAGACCAAAUGUUCAGAGAACAAACUACCCACUGAACUUCAAGAGCUGGCUGUACUAUCCCAUCAGUAUUGGUCAGCUCCUUCGGACAAGGAAGGGUACAGUGGUGUGGGCCUACUUUCCCGCCAGUGCCCACUCAAAGUUUCUUAUGGCAUUGGUGAGGAGGAACAUGAUCAGGAAGGACGGGUGAUUGUGGCUGAAUUUGACAAGUUUGUGCUGGUAACAGCCUAUGUACCUAAUGCAGGCCGUGGUCUGGUACGACUGGAGUACCGGCAGCGCUGGGAUGAAGCCUUUCGUAAGUUCCUGAAGGGCUUGGCUUCCCGGAAGCCCCUUGUGCUGUGUGGAGACCUCAAUGUGGCUCAUGAAGAAAUUGACCUUCGAAACCCCAAGGGAAACAAAAAGAAUGCUGGCUUCACUCCACAAGAGCGCCAAGGCUUUGGGGAAUUGCUGCAGGCUGUGCCACUGGCAGACAGCUUUCGGCACCUCUACCCUAACACAGCCUAUGCCUACACCUUUUGGACUUACAUGAUGAAUGCUCGAUCCAAGAAUGUUGGUUGGCGCCUUGAUUACUUUUUGCUGUCCCACUCUCUGUUACCUGCAUUGUGUGACAGUAAGAUCCGUUCCAAGGCCCUCGGUAGUGAUCACUGUCCCAUCACCCUGUAUCUCGCACUGUGACACCUCCCCCAGAUCGCUUAUUUCUCAUCUAUAAAAUGAAUCUUACAAGCAGGGUCCUAUGCAGACUUAGGUUUCUUUUAAGCCCGAAGCCCAAGGUUUUUGUUUUGUGGGUUUUCUCUUCUUUUUCCUUAAGUUGAACAAAGGCUACUGAUUACCACCUACUUCCUUUGAACUAUCAACAUGAAAAUAAA